CACUCGUAAGGCUCAAAAAUUGCUUAUUCAACAGCUGUCACUUUAUUUUGGAACACAGUCUACAUGCCGACUGCGGGACACGACGAUAUAAGAGAUUAGAUGUGUACACGUGCUACGCAUCUGCUCAUCGAAAUUGAAUUAAAGGGGCUUGACCGAAAGAGAGAAUGAAUCGCCCCUAACAAAAUUUUGCACUUCCAAAGAAUAUGGAAACCAAACAAAAGGAAUAUGUCAAAGGCUACGGAGUGGACUGGGAGAAAGUCAAAGCCACUCUUGAGGUAACCGAUGAUCAUGACUGUGAUGGGCGAAUUGACGAAGCAAUGGCCUGCAAUGGCGCGGAUUUUGGAAUAUGUCGAUCACGAGGAAAAUUGGCUUUGGAUGGGAAAGCCCAACACAGGUAAACAGGUUCGCGGUUAACUCAUUCGGCGAAGGCGCCUUUGAUACAGAUGCGGAGGCUUUGAGGAAGAAAGAAAUUACUCCGCCAGCCUAUCCGCAAAGCUAUGUGAAACCUUUUUAUGCCCGACCUAUUUGAGAUUUUGUUUUGGUAAUGAAGCGCAAGAUAUCAUCCACUGAAUUUUACCAGA